AUGCUUCUAAUUCAUCAGGCUGGUAGCGUCCGCGUGGGUGAGGUUGUUAGAUAUACUUUGACGUACACGCCAGCGGCCGAUACUAUCUGUCCAACUCCUAAAGAGUUGUAUGUUAAGGUCAAGAACACAUCAGCAAUUCCCCUGCGAGCUGCUUAUCUUAACGGCCCAUAUACUCUCUAUACGUCCUGUUACCCAUCCACAUUUGAUCCAAACACCAAAUUCAUACAGCGAAGUGCCGAGGAAAUCCCGCAAUUCGAACCCUAUCUGAAAGCAGGAGGGAGCUGGAAUGCAGUUAUCAGCGUUCCGCAGUAUCAUCAAAGCAACGCAAUAGCUACUGUGGCCAAUUCUGUGACAUGGAUUAUUGAGAUAAUAUCCCAGGUGAUAUUUUCAAGCUCUGCAUCUGUCAGUUUCGAGCUCCUAGUAGGCCGUGAUAAAAGGUCGGUGGAGUUGUCUUCCAUCCGCGGAGCGUCGCCUGCUGGAUCACGGCCGGCUCAACUAUGCGAGCACUGGUCGCAGCAAACAAAAGGCAAACAGGUGGUUGCUUCCAAGGGCAUAUAUUCCCGAUCUAUUACAUUGAUGAUCGAUGACACUGUUAGUCUCUGGAACUCCCCUCUUUUUCCAUCUAGACAGGGGAUAGGAGAAGCGAUAAGGCCGAGCCCAAAUCAUUCGGCAUUAGAUGUCGAAUCGUCAUCAAGUGUCAAUAAUUCUCUCAGUCCAGCUCAAUCCAACAUGCUUUAUCUGAAGGAGAGCAUUGAUGCGGCUGCAAGGGAAAAGGGAAGUCGCACAGAUGGCACUCACCAAAGAUAUAGAAAGAGCAAUUCAAGCGACUAUUCGUCAACAGAUAGGACCAACAGCUCGUUCACUGACGGUAGCUGUAAGAUCGAGAACGACGACUGUGGUGACGGCGAGCAAGUCAUAGUCAGAGGUUUCUCUGGAAAUGCUGUUCGCACCGAACGUGGAAUCCAAUAUCUGGGCAAACGUCUUGCAAAUAAAACUGCGGACGCAAAAGCAUGCCUUAAAUCCUUCUCUAAUUUUCAAAAUUACUCGGGCUGCGAUAAUCUAGCAGAGCUGUCUGAUUGCAAAGAUCAUGCCUACCAAAUAACCAGUAUCAGCUUCAUCGGACACUCACUCGGUGGUCUGAUCCAAACAUACGCUAUUGCAUAUAUCCAGAAACAUUAUCCUGGGUUUUUCGAUAUCAUCAUGCCAGUAAACUUUAUAACUUUGGCCACACCUUUCUUAGGUCUCAGCAAUGAAAAUCCCAUGUAUGUCAAAUUCGCCUUAGACUUGGGGCUCGUGGGUCGAACGGGCCAGGAUUUAGGGCUAAGCUGGACAGCCCCCAGAGUGAGAAGUGGCUGGGAAGCCAUAAUUGGUGGCAAGGGUGAUUCUGCAAAUUCGCAAGGGCAGACGGGUGCUGGAUCUAAACCUCUGCUUAGAAUCCUCCCUUGUGGACCGGCUCACGAAGUCCUAGCCAAAUUCCAGCACCGUACCGUCUAUUCUAACGUCGUUAAUGAUGGAAUAGUUCCCCUGCGGACUUCCUGCUUACUUUUUCUAGACUGGAAGGGGCUAGAUAAAGUCGAGAAAGCGAGGCGGGGAAACGGGAUUGUUGGAACGAUGGCCGAAUGGGGAUGGGCUGAAUUGACAGGUGCCAAUUCAAAUCCACCCCGGACUAUUCGUUCCCUUACGGAGCUGGGACAAAACAAUUCCUCACAUAAGGGCAAGACAUCGGCAGUCUCAAUGCGUGCGCAACACUCUACGACCUAUAAUACCCGGGAAGCUUCUGGUGGCAGUCAGCAUUUAAACAAACAACGACAAACAAAUCUUCCCGACAUAGAAACUAAGUCAAAGGAAGAAUCAAUCAACCUAUUCCCUAAUAGCUCGUUGAGCAAUAUAUUUUCCAUAUUCCGCCCCAAGGAAGUAACGAAAGCUUCUUCUAUGCAUAAACAAACUAAGGUCUAUAAACGCAGCCAAACACUUCCACCUAAUGGUGUCAUUAACCGGGUAUCGUCCUCAGGUCUUUUCAGUCAGGGGACAGUCGCCUGUGAUAACGCAUAUGAAGAAUAUAUGCCUUAUGCACCCCCUAAGACCACUUUUUUCGAAUCAGCAAGCGAUCUUCUCAUGCCACCUCUCCCCCCUACUGACUUCAUUGUUGAUCCUGAUUCAAGAGCUCGAACCAUUUUCCAUGACCGAAUUUAUCAUCCUGAAGACAUCCCUCCACCUUCGGCUGUUAAGCGUCGAAAUUUCACAUUUAGCUCUUCACAGAAUAAGUUAUCUAGAGCACAAUCUCCAUCCGACGAGGCUCCAAUUAAUAAUGAGAAUGGACCUGAGCGCGGGCUCAAGGUCGAGGAGAAGAUCGCGAGAGCAUAUCAUCGCAACCUUUCAUGGAGAAAGGUACUUGUACGCCUUGAACCUGAUGCGCACAAUAAUAUUAUUGUUAGGCGGAUGUUCACGAAUGCAUAUGGCUGGCCGGUAGUAAAACAUCUUGUUGAUACCCACUUUGGGUGUGAUCCUACCCCUGUGCAUGGUGACGUUUCUGAGGAAGACAUAGAGGCAGUAGACCUUGGAAUUCAACAGGUGAUCUGUGAGGAGGAAAUGAAAGACCAGCAGAGCAUUGUUUUUUCUAAAGAGUGA